AUGCUUGCUGCUCUCAUCGAUGAAAACAGCGGUGAUAAACUUUUGGAUGCAACUCGUAAACUUUGUACGACAUUCACUGAUCUGCUUAAAGCAGCUGAACCUGCCACAAAGGAGCCACGCCAGAGUCUGUUGAAUGCUGCUUCUCGUGUUGGUGAAGCUUCUUCAAGAGUUCUUACAGAAAUCCACGAAGAGGAUGAAAACCUUAAAGAAGCCCAAGAUACACUUCUUGGGCUUGGUAAAGCUGUUGCUAAUAAAGCUGCAGCUCUGGUACUUAGAGGAAAAGCAGUUGCUUCAACAUGA